AUGAAGACCACCGCAUUAUUCGUUGCUUUGGUUGGCCUUUUGGCUGUAUGCCAUGCCCAAACUUUCCGCAAAUUCUCGAGAUUCGAGAACACCAACGCCGGACAAUACAGUCCAUCCAACGAUGGCCAAUACCGCCCAGACAACUCCGGACAGUACAAGAACAACGAUGGACAAUACCACCCAGAUGCCUCUGGACAAUACGUUCACCAAGACAACAAGUACAACCAUCAAGAUGAUAAAUACAAGCACCAAAACAACAACUACCAAGAUACAUUCAACAAGUACGGAAACGGUAAUGGAAACGGUCAAUACCAUGGACAACACGGAGGACAACAUGGUGGACAACACGGAGGAAACCAAGGACAAUCUGGUAACCAAGGAGGACACUUCGUUAACGGUGGAAACAACUUUGGACAUGGUAACGGUAUCCACGGAUCCGCUGCUGGUAAAUACGAGAACAGGAACUACGCCAUCAUCCGUGACAUCAAGAAUGUUGAUGUAGAUGGUUACCACUACUUGUACGAAACCGAAAACGGAAUCCUCGCCGAAGAACAAGGAAAAUUGGCUAAUGUAGGAACCGAUGCUGAGGGUAUGCGCGCCAACGGUUUCUUCACCUACACCGGACCAGACGCUGUUGAAUACACCGUCAAAUACACCGCUGAUGAGAACGGAUUUUUACCAGAGGCUCAACAUUUGCCAACUCCACCACCAGUCCCAGAGCUCAUCGUCAGGGCUUUGGAAUACCAAAGAGCCCAGGGUACUUUGUAA